CACAACGACACAGUCGCGCGUUGGCUUGCCUGGAGAGUGGUCACACUUUAAGUUCCUCUGGGUGCAACGUUACGUUGCUUUGGCGGUGCAGGUCAUAAAUAAUUAUAAUUUUUUUCCAUUCCCUCGCGAGUUUCGUGUACAGUAUUUAUUGUGUGUGCAUUUUCUGCUGAUAAACUGGUCUUUUUGAAGGAAGAGCAAUGGCCUGCAAGAUGAGCUUAACUUUCGAAAACGGCACCGAAAUGCCGGCCCUCGGGUUCGGGACUUGGCGGGCGCCCAACGAAGAGGUGGAGAAAGCGCUGAACGAAGCCCUGGAAGCCGGCUAUCGCCACAUCGAUACGGCCCCGGUCUAUCUGAACGAGAAGACCAUCGGGAACGUGUUGAAGGAAUGGCUGGACGCGGGCCGGUUGACCCGCGAGGAGUUGUUCAUCGUGACGAAGCUGCCCCCGCACGGGACGAGGGCCGCCACGGUGGAGAAGUUUCUGCGCCGAUCGUUGGACGAUUUGCAGCUCGAGUACGUGGAUCUGUACCAUGUGCACGUGCCGUUUACGGUGCCGGAAGUGGACGGGCCGUUCCUGAUGGAUGACAACGGGGAUAUCGUGCUGGAGACGACCACGGACCAUGUGGCGUUGUGGAAGGCCAUGGAGGAAGUGCAGAGGGCCGGCCUCGCACGCAACAUAGGCCUAUCGAAUUUCAACCAACGGCAGAUUCAAAGGAUCCUCGAUAAUUGCCAAAUCAAGCCGGCUAAUCUGCAGAUCGAGAACCACAUCUAUCUGCAGCAGCCGGAACUGGUAAAGUUCUGCAAGGCCAACGGAAUCACGGUGACGGCGUACUCGCCGCUGGGCUCGAAAGGAAUCGAGAAGUUGUUGAACCGCGAAGUGCCCGACCUGUUGGACAACCCGGCGGUGAAGGAAAUCGCCGCCAGGCUGGGCCGGUCCAGCGCCCAGGUGCUGCUGCGCCAUCUGCUGCAGCGCGGGAUUUCGACGAUCCCGAAGAGCACGAACCCGCGCCGGCUGCGGGAGAACAUUGCGCUGUUUGACUUUGAGCUCGCCGACGCGGACAUGGUGCGGCUGAACGCGCUGGACCAGAGCAUCCGGAUUUGCGACUUUGCGUUCUUUCCGGGAAUUACUAAGCAUCCAGAGUUCCCGUUUGCCACAGAAUCGGCCUAAAUAUGUUGAAAGGAAUUUCUCAUCUUUUCUAUAGUAUUGAAAAUACACGAAUAUUUUUUUUAAACAAUUAAUGUUAUUGAAAGCCUAUCGCUUGGCUACAUCGAGUGAAAAAAUUAGAUUUUAGUAUUUUAAAAAUAUACACUUUAAUAAAGUUAGAUUUCGCACGUAUUUAUUCUUAUUAUGAUUUUAUAUCACAUCAAUAUAAUUUUGAUUUGCAACGCCGGCACAUAUUUUAACAACGAUUUGAAAAAUAAUAUCAUUGGUCAGGUCCUCAGAUAUCUUUUCAAGCGGUUCAAGCCAAGUAAAUCUUUCCCAGUUCCUGAGUGGAACACUCCCCUUCAAGCAAACAGUUCUCAAAGGUAUACGUUAAGAAAUCAUUAAACAUCAUUAGCGCACAGCUGCACAUAGUCUAAUGUAAGUCUUAACGUAAUUGUGUAUUCUUUUCAUUUUUGAUUUUAAUUUUUCAAAUAGUCUCACACAAAACAAAUAAACAGGCAAUCACGAAGAGUUUGUUCGUUUAAGAUACGAGUACUAAGAAUUUCUAUGAAUGCCAGUUUCUAAAUAUAAAACAAAUUCAAAAUAUAGUGUAGUUUAAUCCUAGCAGGCCCAAAUAACUUCUUUAGUCUCUUUGACACUUUGACACAUAGGGUUGUUCAAAUAUUACGUCCAGAGAUUUUCAGGAUUUCAGACAAAAAAAAAUUCCUCCAAACCAAUGGACAUACACGGAGAGACCGGCCGGGGCAAAUCCAAGAAAAUCUUGGUUAAUUUAACUAAAAGUAUGGGUUAAUUUUUUACACAGCUUUUUUUCAACAAUCGAUUGUUGAUUUUGUUAACCCGAAAUUGCUGACCACCAGUAACUAAAAUAAACUAAAAAAAUAGUUGGAAUUAACAUUUUUGUUGGUUAAAUGGCUGAAAAAAAAUCUAGCAGUCGACUGCUAGAAUAUUUUUUUCAGAAAAUUAACUAAAAAUUUCUUGUUUUCAGCUGAAAUAUUGUGGAAUAUUCUGUUAAAAACUGGCUGGGAAAUGUUUUUCAACUAUUUUUCAACAAUUUUUUGUCGUUGUAUCAACCGAAAUAUUUUUGCAUGCAAACGUUAAAAAUUUAACGUUUUGUACUAAUUUGUUUUUUUUUGCAUGAAGUUGUUAAAUUACUGCAUCAAAACAAAACUUUUUUUAACUGUUGUUAUAAAACAUGUAAAGUUUGAUUAAUGUUUUAAAAAAUUACGUUGCAUUAAACUAAAAAUAAUGAAAAAGCAUAUUACAAAUUUUGUUAAACAUAUUUAAAAAAGAUGUUUAAUUUUACAUGAAUUCCUGAAAAAUAGAAAUCGAGCAAAAUUUUCACCAAGUUUUAAGCAUAUAUUUUUAUUAUGUUGUAUAAAAUUAAGUGUUGUAUUCACUUACCAUCACUGUGAAAUCAUCCGAUAAGUCAUCAUCAUCUACAAUGGUCUCAGGUUUAGUUAUUUUUCUUGUGGUUGGAAACAGAAUUUUCACUAAAGUGAACCUUUUGCUGCAAAUAGACAUGUGAAAUGUAUUAGUAAUUUAAUACAAAAUUCUUAAUUUCGGCUAUAAACUGAAAAAAGGAACGUAAAUAAAUGUAAUUAUAAUGAGGAGAGAAGAAAUAUCAAUAAUGCUACUUACCAUGCUUGCAUUAAUUUAAUAAUAACUUUUGGCAACAAACUUUCAUUGCAUUUGAUUCAAUUAAUUCAACGUACUCCGAUUCCUGAAAAAAAAAUUUAGAGUUUUACUUACCAGUUUAUUGAGCAGUCGUAUUGCAACAAAACUUUCAAGAUAAUAAUUAUCUUCUUUUAUAUAUUUUAUAUAUUUUUAUUUAUUUUUUUAUAUUUUACUUCAUCUCUAUUUUUUAUGUUGUUUAUGUUGCGUACUCAUGGCAUUUCUUUGUAUUUUAUAAUUGAUGAUUCUGAAAAAAUAAGCUUUUUAAUGAUUCAGUUUUCUACUAAAGAAUCACAUUAGAUAAAUUAUUGUGCAAAAAUAAACCCAUACUAACUUGGAUUAACCAACAUUUUGAUAAAUUUGCCCGGGCUGCUCUAUCCGUGAAGAGUCGGCCCGCAUUUCCAUUCUAUUGCCCUCUCGUUCCAUCAAACAUUCUUCUAACGUGAUCAACUCACUCGCAUUGGAGAUCCUCAUGGCGAAGGUCGUCCUCUUGCUCUUCAUAGUUUAUCACCUGCAAAGAAAUCAUCAACAAACCUACUCACCAAUUCCACCUCCCCAGUUGCGACACUUUGAUUUGCCACUUCAACAUCAGCCAAAUAGUGUAAUUUUCACCUUUCACAUCCUCUCACUUCAUAAUUAACAACACAAACUCAACAAAUCGACCGCUCUCGUUCGGAUCCUGACUUCAAAUGACAGACGUAAACAAACCCAAGUUCAUCUUUUAAAUAUUCAACCAAAUGUAAAUUAUAUUCAACCAACAAAAUUUUUGAUUUUCCUAAAACCAAAGCUAACAGUCGAGCACGUUCAUUCGAGUUCGGGAAAUCUGUUAGCUUUUUGCCUCUAGCAUUUUCAACAAACAGGUUAUUAAAUUAAUACUAAAUUUUAGUUAUUUUAACGGAAUAUUGGCAGUAACAAGUACGUUUUUGUUAAAAUUUAAGAAAGUAAAAUCAACAAUUUUAAUUGUUAAAAUUUCUGGGCACGGUCUCUCCGUGUAGCUUCUAGGACCGUUGUGGAUCUCUGUCUGGGACAAGUUUUAAAAUAUCUACCGGCGGAAAUUUCGAAUACGGUCGUAUUUAGUUUAUUUGAGUAAGAAAUUACAAAGAAAACGCGUAGUAAAAGUUCAAAGUUUCGAUGUUUGAACCCUAAAACGUUCCUGGUCAUGGUUUGAAAUUGUUCGUUUAUGUUGCAGUAUCUUUGGAUAACCGAACACGAAAAAAAUAGUAGUUUAUGCAGCAUUUUUUGCAAAUGAUGAUAAGUAGGCCAUUUUGUCAGUUUAGAAUGACAGGAAAAAUAAAGUAGGUAUUAGAUAAUGACAAACAAAAAAA